ACCUCUCCUCUGCCAUGCCUUAGUUUAGCAUUCUCAUAAACUGAAUCACAAGAACAAACAUAUGCGAAAAGUCGCACGGCUGACAGACUGAACGUGUCCUGAGUGAGAGACUGCAGGCGAACAGGUCACUCUGUACAACUACAAGCAGAAUUUGAUCAUCAGGACUUCAGAAAAGUUAAUUUAGGUGUAAAGACUGGAAAUAGAAGUGUGUCAAGAUGUUGACUGAUGAGGUGCCACAGGUACAGGAGGUUAGAUACUGUCUGAAGACUCUGAGAGAGCAAAUGGCAGCAAGACAAAACAAUAAUAAGUUUCCAUCUAACGGCUUCAAGGACGAAGUGCUCAUCAACAAAGCCAAUGGCUCAAAUGGAAUUGCGAACGGAUAUUUUCCUAAACGUCAGGACCAGGAAGGUGAGGAAAACUGCAUGACCCUGAGAGAAGUCACCAAACAUCUGUGCACUCGUUUGCAGGAGAUGGAGAAAAGACAUCAGGAGGAGAAAGAGAGACUGCAGGAAGAAAACAGGGAAUAUCAGCAGCGGUUUCUAGAGGAGCAUAACAACCGCAUGGAGAAGUCUGAAAUCAAGGCAGAGGAACAGGGCCAAAAAGUGGAGGAAAUGCAGAAACUAAUGAGUAGUUUGGAGCUAGAGAAUGCCACGCUGCGAGAGAAACUGGCCGCUAGUGAUGCUGAACUUGUGAAACUGAGAGAAAUUAAACAAUCGAAUCAUGAGGACAGGUGUGAGCAACUAGAAAAGGAGCUGGCGACUCUAAAGGAUAAAAAUCAUAACUUAGAUGACAUGCUCAAAAGUCAACAGAGGAAAGUCCGAAAGAUGAUUGAACAGGUCCAGAAUUCACGAACCAUGAUGGAACACCGAGACAGACUGAUUGGUGAUCUCAAAGAGAAGGUGUCUUUUCUUGAAGCUGAGAACAGAGAGAUGCAUGACCGAGUGGAGUUUUAUCUUGGUAAUCAGGUGCCUAAUCACUAUAACUUAGACAUGGGAUCCAAGGUGGUCUACAGCAAAACUCUGACGCCCACAAGCCCAGGAAACAAGUCUCUGCCCUUCAUUAAAGUGAUUGAGAUCAAGACUUGAACAACAUGAGAAAAGAUUGAGAUAACUGCUGGAAGAAAGAGAGAGAACGAGAUUUAUUUAGCACUUGUGUAGCAUUUUGAGUAUUUUUUUUUUUUUUUUUUUUUUUUUUGUAUAUAUGGAAUGCAAUGCUUUGUAUAUAGGACUGUUCUAUCUAUGUCUCGUAUAUGUAUAAUAGAUUUUGUAAACCAUAGGCUUUUUUAUUUUCUGGACCUAAGCAGCUAUAUUUUAAAUGUAACUUCAAGUUGGGAGUGGAGACUGUAGAUGGUUGCCAAUAUGUCUGUUUCAGUUCCAACAUGCAGAGAAUCUGAUAAUAUAACAUUUAUAUAAUCUUUGACUUGUUCAUUAGUUUGUGACUCACAGUCUAAUUCAGAAUUCAAAACAUGUACUGUAUUAAAAACAUAAUAUUUAAGACAAACUUAAUAACAAAUCAUAUUUCUGUGCAACUUAUGCAUCUGUUGAUAUACAUAAGAUGAUAUACAGUUCUGAAUUUACUGCAAAGCUGUAUUUUCUCUUUAGGAACUGUAUUUGUAUUAUAUAGUAUAACCACCCUUAGUAUUGUGAAGAUGUUAUUUCUGCUACUGUAUUUAUAGCUAGACCCCUGCCUUUCCAUUCAUCUCUUAUUAUUAAAUGUGAAAAAAUUGUGUUCUGCUUGUUGUUGGAAUUUUACUGCUAUGCACAUUUCUCUGGUAUUACUGUAUUUAUCUUAAGGGCUAAUAAAUCAAGAGUCAUUACAGUCA